AUGGUUCUCGAGGUGCUGUGCUGUGCUGUGAUUGCUAUGUUCCUCAGUCAGAAAAUUUUAAUUCUUUUCUUUUUUGGUUCUAAUCUUAUCACUAGGGCUUCAGGUUCUCGAAUCGCGUUUUUUCGGUAAAUAGGGCUUUUAGAUGACGACGUCGAGUUUGUUUCUCAUAGCAGUCGACUAUGAUCUGCAUCGAUAAUUCGGAAUGGAUGAGGAACGGUGAUUAUUCUCCCAGCCGUUUUCAGGCUCAGGCCGAUGCGGUGAAUCUCAUCUGUGGUGCUAAGACCCAGGUAACAGGGGAGUUCUUUUAUUCUUUUCUGAAGCUCUCAUUCGGCAAGGCCUUGAGCAUGUUCCGGGGACUUUGGUUCCUAGGGCUCUUUAUUUUGCGUCGGUUCUUAUGGAGGAUAUCCCGGGAUCUGUGCAGUCGAAUCCAGAGAACACCGUGGGCAUUCUAACAAUGGCCGGAAAGGGUGUGCGCGUGCUCGUCACUCCGACCACUGACCUUGGAAAGAUCUUGGGUUGCAUGCACGGUAAAAUUUCAUCCGAUUUUUCGGUUUUGCGUGGUUUCUUUUUUGAUCAGGAGUCAAGUAUAAUUUUUUCUGAAAACUCAGGUCAUGUAUUUUUUUCUUGGUAUCUCCAACUCUGUACUGUAUCGUACUAACAAGUGCUGUAUUUUGCUCUGUUUUUUGUUUUUUUUCAAUCCCCUCUUGAAUCCCUAAUUUUUCAUUGCUUGAUGGACUAGUUAGAAUUUUGAUACCAUAUUUCCAUAACUAUUUUUUUCUGCGCAUAACAACUAAGAUAUGGGUUUUCUGUUCUGAAUGUGUUGCAUUAUUUUCAACUUUAUGAUAAGUAUGCAGACUGCGUAGUGUGUUUAUUCAUCAUCGGCAGGCUGACAUAUUCUGUCCAUUUGGUAUGUAUUUUCUGGUGGGAUGUGAGUUGAUUCCGACUUUCAUUAGAUUGCGAGCAAAAAAGACCAGAAAAAAUUGACUGUGGUGGGGACAAAGGGGGGAUCUCUUUUCGUAAUGCCCUAAUGUUUCAUUCUGUUUUAAUUUUUUAUGAUCCCAAAAGUGUCUGUAUUUGUCAUGUUACGGACAUCCUUACCGAGAGGAUAUUAUUUUUUAUGCUCAUUGUUUCGUUUUUCAGGGUUGGAAAUUGGCGGAGAGAUGAACAUUACAGCUGGAAUCCAGGUUGCCCAGUUAGCUCUCAAGCAUCGACAAAACAAAAAACAACAGCAGAGGAUAAUAGUGUUCGCUGGAAGGUAUUCUUUAUGAGUCAUAUUUAUGUUUAUUGUCAAUUGAUUUUGAUUAGUAAUUGCGAUUUCCUUAUGUUCCAGCCCCGUAACAUAUGACAAGAAGGCAUUGGAAGCAAUUGGCAGAAAGUUAAAGAAAAACAGUGUAGCUCUUGACGUUGUUGAUUUUGGUGAUGAAGAGGAUGGCAAAGCUGAAAAACUUGAUGCCCUCAUUGCUUCCGUAAACAAUAACGAAAGCAGCCACAUAGUUCAUGUUCCUGCAGGAACAGAUGCGCUGUCGGAUGUGCUUAUUAGGUUAGCAAAAUGUUCAUUUCCAUGAAGUUCAAUUCGUUAAUACCUUUUUUGAUUGUUGCUUUCAUUUCUAACUGAUAUCCUGCAUUCCUCCAGCACACCAAUUUUCACUGGAGACGGGGAAGGUGGAAGUGGGUUCACUGCUGCUGCUGCUGCAGCGGGUGGCAUGUCUGGUUUUGACUUCGGUGUGGAUCCAAACUUGGACCCAGAGUUGGCCCUUGCACUUAGAAUUUCAAUGGAAGAGGAGAGGGCAAGACAAGAAGCGGCCGCCAAAAAGGCUACAGAGGAUGCUUCCAAACAAGAAACUGAUGGCAAACAAGCAUCCAGCUCUCGUGAUGUUGGAAUGGCCGAAGCUGUUAGCAGUUCACAUAAUGAUCUUGACAAAAAAGAUGAUCAAAUGGUAUGUCUUUCCUCGUGCGGAUAGUUCAUAUUAGACUUCUCAUUUCACGGUAUUUGACUUUUGAGAAAAAAAAAGGCCAUCAUUGGGGUCUCUGUGUUUAGCUUUUAAUACUCAUUUUGUUAUUUCAACAUAUAUGUUGAUGUAGAGCACCACUUCAGGAAACUAGAAAGGCCCAAUUUUUAUGAUUCCAGUGGCCUGAGGACAUUAAAAGUGAACUACCGAUCUUUGAAAGUCUAAAACGACUUUGACCCCGAUAUUCAAGCAAUUAGGCCGAAAUCCGUGUGGAUAAUGCAUCAGAUUCUUAGGGCUAAUAAGUUUUCCGCUUUCAUUCACUUGUAUAUCGUUUUUUUAACUGGUCCGAUUUUAAAGAGAGUUACAACAAAUUUCGGCCUUCUUAAUGGCCAGCACGUUGUAACCUCAAGGGGGAAUCAUAAUAUACUAUCUUCGUUCUCUUUUUGAGAUUUAUCUUUGCAUGUGGAUUCGACCAGCCCUUGUGGAUUCAAGGGGCAUCAUUUCUGAUCCUUGUAGAUUCAAGGGUUGUCCAAAGCAAUCCUCGUAGACUCAAGGAUUGAAGGGCUCAUGCAUUGUGAACUCAAGGUCCGAUUUCCAUUCUUCGCCUACUUUGCUGCGUCACAUGUCAACCAAACAUCGAUUUGGUUUAUUAUGUUUCUGCUUCAUGUUAGUGCAAUUAUGAAUCCUAUGCAGCAUCAUAUAGGUUUUUUUACAGAUAUUUUAUUCAAUGAUGGAAAAUCAUAUGACAAGGAUUUUUCUUAUAUUCAUAUGGUGACAGGAUGAUGAAACUUCGUUGCUACAGCAGGCUGUUGCAAUGUCAAUGGAUAAGCUGGCGCCUGUUCCAUCCAGCAGUACGGUUAUAGCAGACGCUGACAUGUCAGAUGCAGUUGACCAAGAUUUGGCAUUGGGUACGUGGAUUAAAUCUAUUCGAGCAUUCCACUAUUAUUUAUUCAUAGCAUUGGUCCUAUUAGAAGCUUUAUAAUUCGAAUUUUUAUAAUUCCGAAGUAAACUGGCAUCAUCAGCAACGAUAAAUGUCGUUGUGGAGGAUUAUCACCGUUGUUGUGGUGAAUGUGGAUUAACUAGAUCCGCUUGCCUUCAUCUCGAUUUCUAAACGAAAGUAAAAGAUACCCGGUUGAAAACUUGAGCGUUGAAAGGGAGUAAUGUUUUGAUUUUUACAAUUGAAAACGUUUUAGACAAACCUGUUGCCUGGGAGAACCAAGUGGUAUCUAUGAUUUCAAUAUGCUCUACUACUUUUGAACUUGAGCCAGUGGCCCAAGUCACGUGAAAAUAGUGCUCUAGCAGGCAACGCCAUCGUUUUGAUGAGUUGUAGGACAUUUAUCUUGCUGUGGGUAAAAUAUUCAGUGUCUAAAAUAUAUCGUUUUAGAUGUCUGUGCUGGAUAAUGGCAGACAUAUGCCAGGUUCUUUAGAAACAGAAUCGUUGUUCCGUGGUUGAAUUUAUGACAUACUCUUACCUUAUCCUUCUCAGCACUUCAAAUGUCCAUUGAAGAUAGUGCGAAGGAUUCAUCAACGGACACGGAGGUGAACAAGGUCCUUGGAGAUCAGUCUCUUAUGUCUUCCAUUCUUGCUUCGGUAUGGUUUUCAGCCUAAUCAUCCAGAGUUUUGUAUUCAAUCAAGCUGGACACAGUGUUCCUUUCUGUUCUUUCUCUCUUAAUCUUGUCUGCAGUUGUUCUGGGCUCACUAACCUGGAGUUCCGAUACAGCUUCCAGGUGUCAAUCCCGAUGACCCUUCAGUGAAAGAAUUGCUGGGAUCCUUGCAAAGGCAGUCUGAGGUAUUGAAAUGGCACUUUCGAAUGCUUUGACGUGCACGAUAUCCCCGGUGCAGUCUCUAUAUAUAUUACGUUGGUUUCUUUCAUGGUAUUGCUAAAUUUGUGUAAUCUGCUGCAUCAUUUUGUACAAUCAGAUUCAAUGUAAUCCAAGGUAAACCUAAUUCCCGGAAGCUCAAAAUGGAUAUGGCCAAGAACAGUAGUACAAGCCUCGUAAUGAUUGACACACUGCUAUGUGAUAGAUUGCCCUGUUUCUAACAGCUGGGUCUGAUUUUCUGCCGUGUUAUUUUGUGCAUAAAUAAUCUUCACCUCAGAAUCUUGCUCAAUAUUCUGGAGUUGAUUUUUAUUUAUAAAAAAGAUCUUUGUUGGUGACGGUUGUCAUUUAUUUGAAUCCCUCCGUAUUAUGGUCAAUGAUGUUUAGUCGUUGAAGACAUUCCGACGACUUUUUUCCGCGGUCCCCUGACGGUCAACUUCUCCAACCUCAGGACAAGGAGAAUGAAGAUGAGAGCGGCAAAAAAGAGGAGAAGCAAUGA